AUGCCCUUCCGCCCCACCUUCCCCCGCCGCUGCCUCCAUGACCCCAAGCUCUCCUCCUUCCUCUACGCGCUCGCCACCGUCUCCGCCACUCCCUCCUCCUCGCCGCCCCCGGGCUCGCUUCCCGCCGCCCGCACCCCAGCCGCCUACAAUGCUCUCAUGUCCGCCUACUCCCACGCCGGCCGACCCGACGAGGUGCUCCGCCUCUUCCGCUCCCUCCCCUUCCCCCCCACCGCGCCCCUCUACACAACCCUCAUCUCCUCUCUCGCCGCCUCCGGCCGCCCCCGCGCCGCGCGCGCCGCCUUCUCCUCCCUCCUCGUCUCCGGCCUCGCGCCCACCGCGUCCGCCUUCACCGCGCUGCUCAAGUGCCAGGACGGCUCCAUCGACUCCAUGUACCGCGUGUUCCUCGCCAUGGCAGCCGCCAGCUGCUCCCCCGAUGCCGCCGUGUACAACUGCUACAUUUCGAUGCUCUGCGACUCUGGCCGGCUGGAGGAGGCCCGUGGUAUCCUUGACCACAUGGUCGGCGAAGGAGUCCGCCCAACUGCUCGCUCCUACACCGCGAUUCUACGUGGAUACUGCGAGCAGGGCAAGGUUCUUGAAGCAGAGAGGUUAGUCGAUGACAUGGCCGACGCCGGGUGCCCGCCGGAUGUUGUAUCUUACAGCGUGCUUAUCCAGGGGCUUUGCGGCGUCAGGGAGUUUCAUAAGGUGGAGUUGAUCUUAGGGGAAAGUCAAGAGAAGGGGUGGACGCCCAAUGCUGUCACCUACAACAUUUACAUGUCUGCCCUGUGCAGGACGGGGUUCUUGGAUGAGGCAUGUUAUCAAGUAGACAUUAUGCGCAGCAGAGGGCUGCUGCCAACAGUUGAGACUGUGGGUAUACUCUUCGAUUGCUUGUGCCGAGACUCGAGGUUUUCAGAAGCACUGUGCAUGCUAGAACACAGCGAAGAAUUAGGCUGGCAUGCUGAUGUCUUCUGCUAUAACACUUUGAUGGGUAGGCUUUGCGACGUUGGUGAUUUUGCCAGGGUCUUCAAGCUCUUGGUUGAUCUGUUGAAGAAGGGCGUCGGGCCGGAUAUGUUCAGUUUUACUAUUGCAAUCCGUGGCCUCUGUGGAGCUGGGAAACUCCAGGUUGCAAAGUGUCUAAUAGAUAAUGAGUCGAUUGGAUAUGAUCUGGUGGCUUUCAAUACUUUGAUCCAUGGGCUAUACAAUGCUGGGGAUUUACUUGGAGUCAAGCUGACAUAUGAGAAAAUGCAUAGUAGGCAAGUUUCUCCAAAUAGCUUCACUAAUGCCACUCUGAUUGAUAGCUUAUGUAAAGAUCAAAAGUUUGUCGAGAAAGUAAAGUCUCUUGCAUGUAAGAAUACGGCACCUGAUCAUGUUGUUCGCCUGCACAAUCGGUUGGUCAAAGGAGUGAAAUUUACAAAGGUGCUCAGCCUACUUGAUGAAAUACGCUCUAGAGGAAUUGAACUAGCUACUCGCAAAUUCUCUGACCCAUUACUUAACGAAUUAUGCUGGGAGGAGGGAAAUGAGCCUAGGGAUAUCAAUCAAGCUGCUUAUAUACUGACCUGGCUGGGAAUUAGAUGAUAAUCUCAAGAUCGAGUGCUUGACAUCAGGAUUUCUUUUGGAGCAUUUUCUCUAGCAAACACCGUAUCAGUGAUAGAGUUCCCUCUUCAUUCACACAUCAGUCUCUCUCAUCUUUCAUCAGGAGAGGAGUACCUUGUUUUUACCAGAAGCUAGAUACGGAUUUUGAUGGUCAGGACAAGACUGUCAAGCUCAAAUGUGUUCCUAGAGAAAUAAUGGGCAGAAAGAGUUUGAAUCAAUUAACAGAAGCAAAAUAAUUGUUGCAGCAAACACUGCAUUGAAAGACCAAAGUUAUUGCAAGAAUUGGCAAAUAUGUAAUAUGGAUAUGCGAUGAAUCAUGACAACACUUUGCCUCAACAAGAUGAAAGAAGAUACUUUACUGUGAGCCAACGUUGUGAAGGUAACACAGAGGGUGGGUGUUUUCAAAGUUCUGAAGCUCCUAGCAUCUUGCGCAAAAAGAUCUCACACUCGUUCUGAUCCUCGCCAUGAUAGUUGCUUCCUCAUAUACAUGACUGUUAAAUGCAAUGAAGGCAUACACAAAACAAGAUUCAAGUGUAAACA